GCGGGCAUUAGGGACCCUGCAAGAGUUUCUCUCUUGAUAUCCUUCCUUCUUUGCGUAUUUUGACGUAACCCGUGCGUUUCGUUUGAUUUGACAUUUUAUGAGAUACGGUCGGAUACGGUGUUUUUAGAUUAGGUUAAGUUGGUUUGAAUUUUCACGUGUAGAAAAUAAGCAAAUAAUGGAUACAAAGUAUAAUAUUGGCAACAAUAACACUCAAAUGAAUGGUAUGAACAAUAAAAACAAAUUCCAAAUAAGAGUUAAACCUACACCGAUAUUAUUCGGCAAUAAAAAUGGCCUGCCACCGAGUCCAAAACGGAUGAAGCUAAACGGUAAAGAAAACAAGGCUACUAUCCCAAAUAAUAAACCAAAAUUGAGCAUUCAAGAGCAGAGGAAAAAACUGCCAAUCUUCGAUAAAAGGAACAAGCUGAUAGAACUUAUACAGAAACAUAAAACUUUGAUUAUUUUGGGAGAAACUGGAAGUGGGAAAACAACACAGAUUCCUCAAUUUAUCUACUCGGCUCAAAUGCAUGAGAAUGGAAAAAUAGGCGUAACCCAGCCAAGAAGGGUAGCUGCGAUCAGUAUAGCGACAAGAGUUGCUGCAGAAAUUGGGCAAGGGACACAAGUGGGGGAACUUGUUGGAUAUAGUGUGCGCUUCCAAGAUGAAACUUCAAAGAAAACAAAAAUUAAGUUUAUGACGGAUGGUAUGCUCCUCAGAGAAGCUAUAUUUGAUAGACAGCUUAUGGAAUACAAUGUUAUAAUAUUGGAUGAAGCUCACGAGAGAACUAUACAUACUGACGUUCUUUUUGGUAUUGUAAAGAAAGCUCAAAAACUUAGGGAAAACAGGGAUUUACCUCCACUCAAGAUAAUAAUAAUGUCUGCAACAAUGGAUGUAGACCACUUUUCACAGUAUUUUAAUAAUUGCCAAGCUGUAUAUAUAGAAGGUAGAACAUACCCAGUCUCUCUUCACUAUACUGUGAAACCUCAUGAUGAUUAUGAAGCUGCCUGUGUUGCUACUUUUUUCAAGAUUCACAAAGAUGCUCCCCCAGAUCAUGAUGUUUUAAUUUUCCUGACUGGCCAAGAAGAAAUCGAGACGUGUGCCAACAGAAUUCGAACAUUAUCCAAGCAACCAGACGUGAUAGGACCUCCGUUGAAGAUAUACACAUUGUACGCGGCUCAGUCGCACUCUCAACAAAUGUCCAUAUUCCAACCAUCUCCUGCUAAUACCAGGAAGGUCAUUAUCAGUACGAAUAUCGCUGAAACCAGUGUUACAAUCAGCGGAAUCAAAUAUGUGAUAGAUAGCGGAAUGGUCAAAGUCAGAACAUUCCAUCCAACGACGGGUCUAGAAACGUUGAAAGUACAAAGAAUAUCCCAAGAGCAAGCUUGGCAAAGAACUGGAAGGGCUGGUAGAGACUCAGAAGGACAUUGUUACCGAUUAUAUACUAGAUCUCAGUUUGAAUUGAUGCGAAAAGCUACAAUUCCGGAGAUACAGAGGGCGAAUUUAUGUACAGUAUCACUUCAGUUACUGUCUUUGGGAUUCCAUUCGAUGCAUUUCAAUUUCAUGGAUAAACCUCCGAAAGAAUCGAUAACAGCGGCAUCCGAACACCUAGUGCUUCUAGGUGCCGUCGAAAAUAUCGCAUCGGUUGUCCUGACGCCGAUUGGAAAAAAGAUGAACAAGUUUCCUAUUGAUCCUCAUUUCUCCAAGAUCAUCCUGUCCGCUUCAGAGUUCGGGUGCCUCGAAGAAGCGCUAAUAGUCGUCGCACUGAUGAGUGCCGAGUCAAUACUGAUUACCCCACAAAGCAAACGGGAACAGGCGCAGCAAGUUAGGCAGAAGUUUCACUCAGCGUAUGGGGAUCUAGUGACGCUCUUGAAUAUAGUUAGAGAGUUUAACAGUGUAGCACAGAACAAUAGAAAAGCCUGGUGUCAUGAACAUUUUAUUAACAUGAAGAACAUACUGCAUGUGAAAGAGAUAAAGGAUCAGCUUGAAGAGAUAUGUUGCAAGUGUGGGCUGAGCAUAAACUCGUGUGGUGGUCAGCUGGACCAGUUACGUAAAUGCUUAAUAACCGGAUUAUUUACAAAUGUUGCUGAAUUGUAUAGGGAUAAACAAUACAUUACUCUAGAUAAACGAAACACGGUUCAAAUUCAUCCUAGCUCAGUUCUACAUGGACAGCUGCCGCAUUUAGUUAUAUUCACAGAAGUCGUUCAGACGAAUAAGUGCUAUAUCAGAGGACUGACGACUAUUGAGAGUAAAUGGAUACAGGACAUCGUGCCCGAAUAUGUGAAAAGCAAGAAUAUUAAAAUUAGUUGAUAUCUCAAACCUAUUUGAAAUGGUGCAUUUGCAACUCGGUAUUGUUUUAGGUUUUAUGAUUUGUUACUAGUGUCACCUGAAAAGGAAUCCUUCUGACAUAUUACAGGUAUUUCUGUGAUUGUAAGAUUAUAUAAAAAUAUGUUAGUAAUUCACUUUUCAAAAAGAUGAUAAACAUGCAUAAUUUAGAGCAUUUUUAGAUAUAUGGACUGUUCUUUUUGAUAAUAAACUGUGAUCUUUAAAACACUGUAUUAGUCCUCACAUGUCGUUUACAGCCUAAUAUCUUCCUUAUUAGCCCUGAGUAAAAACAUGACACCCUCAAAAAGUAUUUAUUCUGUGGUUACAAGGUGAAGACACCGAUAAAAGUCGUAGUAUGUUGAUUCACGGAAAAUGGUACGAGUUGAACUGAACUCAAGUUUUCUCAAAAAUUAACUUGUUGUCAAUAUUAUCUUCUCACUACCUCGAGUGUCCCUUUUAACGUUAUUAUUUUUGAACUGCCAGUGUGUUUGGUGCGAGAUCAGAGUCGUAAAAAUAAUAUACACUGAAAACAUAAUUUGUCUGACGCGGCUGGAGUUCAAUGUGUACGACAUCGUUUUUGAACCUGUGGGGCGCGCCCACCUAGGGGUAAAAAAGGUAGGAUGUUGAAAAUGGUAGUAGUAUACGAAACGCUCUGGUUUUCAGUGCCGAAAACUCGUUCACGCAUGCCCAAAAUUCAAAGAGGAAUUUGUUAUUAAACUGUUUUUUGAUUUCGGCGUUUGCAAAGUCUAUGAAGAUUUCUUCUUCGGCAGUUGAGAGCCCUUCGGGAGUAGAGUUACUCGUAACUAAGUUUUAAUUUGUCGUCGGCAAGAAAAUAUUUUUUAAACAAGUUUCAUGUGUUGUUCUUCAACCUUGUAAGUUUUAAUACAUUCAUCCACAUUUUCAAACUGUCCCAGAUUUUUUUGCUUUAAAUUUAUGCUCCACAAUUCCAACUUUCUACAAAAAGCGUUAACUUUAUCACUCGUAUCCAAUAUAUUAUGUGUAUUUACUUCUUGGAGCUGAAGGUGAAAAUAAUUUUUGAAAAUUGAGUCGCGAAUCGUGAAAGGAUGAGAAACGCUGCUCUAUGCCCAAAUAAUGGUUUUAGUUUGAGCGUUAACAUUUUUCAAUUGUGUCGAAUCUAGGGUCGAUUCCGGAUCGGUCCUAACGGCGCUUGAUUUUAGGUCGAAACGAAAGGUCAAUUUCGCCACAAAUUCUGCAACAUUGCAUCAUUGGUUCGUUUGAAAACACCCCAUCUCUUACAUUGCACGGCAAGAUUUCCACCUCCAUGAUCACAGAUGCGCGAUUUUGGUCAGUACCCAUUAGGGAGAUACUUCUCUCUUGUACACAUUGAACUCAAGCCAUUUAGUUUUCCCUGUAUACCGUAUCUCCAAAUGAUGUGACGCUAAUGAUAUAUCAAAAAGAUUGAAUAAAAGGUAGGGGUAGGCGGUCUCUGACUGUAGUACGCGGAGGUACCACCCGGCGGAUUUCUUAGGUGGGGCCAGAAUGUAUAUGUUUCUCCUGAAUCCCCCUAUAGCCCCACGGUACCCCAUGGGUGUUUAGGCCUUUGUGGUAGCUGGAGUAUAUAAAAAAAAAUGUAUCACGUAAAAAAGCACAGAUCCUGUAUUUAAUUUUCACAGUAAUAUGUAAUGGAAGAUUGUCAUAUUUAUAGCCAUACAUUUUAAAACGUGAAGGACUAAUACAGCACAUUCAGUUAAUUGACAUUUUUUUGACACUAUGUAAGCAAUGUUGAUGAGCAUUUUAUUUAUUUGAUAUUUGUUGUCAUUGGACCUCAGUAGUGUAAGAUUGAAUUAUAUUUUCACUCAACAUGUCUUUUUACUCAUUAUACCAUUGUACAAAUUAAUAUACUACCUUGUAAGUGACUAAAAACAAAUUGUUGUCAGAGUUGAAUAACACUACAGAAUAAAGAACAAGUUUUAAUUGGAUCAAGUUGUCAUAAUAAGAAAAAGUUGCUUACGCUAUCCCUAAAGCUAAAAUAUAUAUAUACAAAAUGUACAAACGAUUCCUAAAUAUUUAUUCAAGUAAGUGUACCAUAAAAAUUAUGUUGAAAUAUCCAAAUAAAUAAAAC